AUAUUCGAAAUGAUUUAUGUGUAAUUUAUUUAAAUAACUUUAAUGCUGAUAUGUAUCAAAGAGAAAAAGGAUAUUUAAAGAGGGGACAUCGCCAAUUCCGAUCAUCUGCUGACAAAGGCACUUGUGAAAAGAUCCUAAUAAGCUUAACCAAGAUGUCUUGUAAGUUGAUGCUUGCUCUGUGUGUAGUGGCUGCUAUCAUUGCUGUAAAUGAUGCAAAUAGAAGUUGUUCCCAGAGUGAAGUGGUUGAUAAUGCUCAGUGUGCCAGUGCUAGCAAUGCUGCAGAAUGUAAUAAAGCAGGUUUUGCAUGCUGCAAAAUAGUAUUUAAUGAUGGAAAAGUGAAUUAUGGUUGCGGGUCAGCAGCUUUUUGUACAGGCCUUGAUGUGAUGUCCAAUGAAAUCUUUAACUUAAAUGGAGGGGAGUGUAACAAUGCUUAUGGAGGGGAGUGUAACAAUGCUUAUGGGGGGGGGAGUGUAACAAUGCUUAUGGAGGGGAGUGUAAAUAAGGCCUUUAUGAACUCUCAAAGAGAAAAGGGUUAUUUAAAGACGGGACAUCGCAAAUUCCAAUCAUCUGCUGACAAAGCCACUUGUGAAAAGAUCCUAAUAAGCUUAACCAAGAUGUCUUGUAAGUUGAUGCUUGCUCUGUGUGUAGUGGCUGCUAUCAUUGCUGUAAAUGAUGCAAAUAGAAGUUGUUCCCAGAGUGAAGUGGUUGAUAAUGCUCAGUGUGCCAGUGCUAGCAAUGCUGCAGAAUGUAACAAAGCAGGUUUUGGAUGCUGCAAAAUAGUAUUUAAUGAUGGAAAAGUGAAUUAUGGUUGCGGGUCAGCAGCUUUUUGUGUAAGGGUGUGCUCGUAA